AUGCUGCCCAGCCGCGGGGAGAAAGAAAUAACGAUGUCUGGGGGUUUAACCAACUAUCCUUCCGGAGACUACAACGAACUACAUCGUGCUGUGGCGGAAGGACGUAUCAAGAAGAUAUUGGCAAGACUUGGUCUUGGGGUGGAUGACAUCAAUGCUCCGAGUAAAACCAAAGGAGAGACGCCACUCACAAUUGCGUCCGCACAUGGCUAUGACAGAGUCACCACGUUGCUUCUAGACCGUGGUGCUGACACGGAACGCGUUACACCUUCAAGGGGGUGGACGGCUCUGUUCUUUUCGAUUCCAUAUCCGGACGUAACGAGGGUCCUCCUCGAGAGUGGCGCAAACAACGGGGCGAAGUCUCUGUGUGGUUCCACCCCGCUUCACUUUGCUAUACGCGGCGAGAUCGGUGACGCCUGCCUGGAGGUCGCGGAGAUUCUUCUCGAGUUUGGAGCAGAUGCCAACGCCAAAGACAACCAAAAGCAGUCGCCUCUCCACCUCCUAGCACACAAAGGUCGGCCGGCGAAGGGGCGCGUGGAAGCCGCAAAGUUGCUGGUCAAGUUUCGUGCAAACAUCGACGCCAUGGACAUCAAGGGUUGUACACCACUGAUGAAUACCUGUGUUUACGUGACCGGACUCGUGGCUUUGGCAGAGAUGUUGGUCGCGGAAAGUGCUAGCCUGGACGCGCAGAACAUGUUUGGCUCAACACCACUGCAUUUACUUGCCUCGGGUGAUAAAGUAUGCGGUAACGAACUGCUGGAAAUUGCAAAGCUACUGAUCGAGAAAGGUGCAAACAUCGAGGCGAUUGACAGAAACGGCUCCACCCCACUUCACCUCGCAUCCAUGUUUGUUGGAAAUAUUGGCCUCGUCAAGCUGCUGCUAGAUCGCGGAGCCGACCCGGCUGCGAGGGACAUCACCGGAGAGACACCGCUUCAUCUGGCUGGCUUCGCUGGGAGUUUCUGUACCAUGUCAGUGCUCAUCGCUGCCGGUGCGAAGGUCAACCCCCGUGAUCAGCGAGGGGAGACACCUCUGUUCAAGGCCGCUUCCCGAGGACAUCUGGUAGCGGUCAAGAUUCUCCUACAUGCGAAAGCCAGUGCUCUGUUGCCCAGCUCGGAUGGCGAUGCAAUUAUUUACCCCCUGGAAAUUGCGGCGGCAUUGGGCCACACCGACAUUGUUGGAGAGCUGGUGCAACGCGUUGGAGUCGAUGGUUGUGGUGGGCCAAGUGGUGGCGCACACGCUCUCGCGCUUGCAGCUAAGGAUAAGCGAGUGGAUGUCAUGCUUAUUCUUCUCAAGACCGGCGUUGUCGAUACGGGCGAAGCUCUGUCAGAAUCCGUAAACGAGUUUGCCUGCAUGAAGUCACUCGUUCAGCAGCGCCUGGGAGACUCGGACUACCUGGAUCGAUACGGACGUUGUGCUGAAUCGAUUAAGGGGGCCGGCGAACAAGCAACUUCGGACCAGCUAAACAUGAUGCGGGCCGUCCAACGUUUGCUACUGCGGGCGGAGGCGGUGACGGCUAUUUCCUGGCGGUGGUCGACGGGUACGGAUGCUGCCGCCCCAACCACCAAGACUACUACCGCCGCUACACCUGCCCUGACUGCAAUGAUGCCUCUGCUGAGGCGCAGGGCUGUGAGGCGCGGAUUUGCCCUGCGCGCCAUGCUCAGGUGCGCCCCGACUUUAUAUUUUCUACGGGAGUCAUUUUAG